GCAAGAAAAGCAUGAUGAUGAAGGGUUAGUUAGUGAGUGUCGCGUAAUAAAAUAGAUUUGAAAAUUUGAAAUUGAAUCCAAAAACAAACACACACACACAUACAUACACCGUGUUUGGCUCGGCUUGUGAUUCAAAAUUAAAUUGAAAGGAACUUAUUCCCUCUUACUCCUCCGUUUGAAACCCUAGCUUAGCAGAAGAAGAAGAAGAAGAAGAAGGCAUGGCUACAACACCAAUGGCGUCUGGUCGAGAGUUGGCGAACCCUCCAUCUGAUGGAAUCUCCAACAUUCGCUUCUCUAAUCACAGUGAUAAUCUUCUCGUUUCAUCUUGGGACAAGACAGUGCGUCUCUACGAUGCAACCGCAAAUGUGCUUAGAGGAGAAUUCCUUCACGGUGGACCUGUUCUUGACUGUUGUUUCCACGACGACUCUUCUGGAUUCAGUGCCUCCGCCGAUAACACUGUUAGGCGCCUCGUUUUCGCCACUGGUAAGGAGGAUAUUUUGGGAAAGCAUGAUGCUCCCGUUCGUUGUGUUGAGUACUCUUAUGCUGCAGGGCAAUUGAUCACUGGUAGUUGGGACAAAACCAUAAAGUGUUGGGACCCUAGGGGUGCAAGUGGACAAGAGCGCACUCUUGUUGGGACGUAUCCACAGCCUGAGCGUAUUUACUCUCUAUCUCUUGUUGGACAUCGGCUUGUUGUAGCAACAGCUGGAAGACAUGUUAAUGUUUAUGACUUGAGGAACAUGUCUUGUCCUGAACAACGGAGGGAAUCUUCAUUGAAAUAUCAAACCAGAUGUGUACGCUGCUACCCAAAUGGAACAGGAUAUGCACUUAGUUCCGUUGAAGGGAGGGUUGCAAUGGAAUUCUUUGACCUAUCUGAAGCUAGCCAGGCAAAGAAAUAUGCUUUCAAGUGUCACAGAAAAUCCGAAGCUGGAAGGGAUAUUGUCUACCCUGUAAAUGCCAUGGCAUUCCACCCCAUAUAUGGUACAUUUGCCACAGGAGGUUGUGAUGGUUUUGUUAAUGUAUGGGACGGAAACAACAAAAAGAGGCUGUAUCAGUAUUCAAAAUACCCAACUAGCGUUGCUGCACUCUCAUUUAGCAGAGAUGGACGUCUCCUAGCUGUUGCGUCAAGUUACACUUUUGAAGAGGGACUGAAACCCCAUGAACAAGAUGCUAUCUACGUUCGCAGCGUGAAUGAAAUUGAGGUCAAGCCAAAACCCAAAGCCCUUCCUAAUCCUACAGCGUGAUUCACUAGUUCCUGAUAGUAAUUUUGAAAAAUAGGAAAUUCUUUUAUCAUAUUUCUACUGUGUACUGUUUUUGGACUGGAUUUCCACCUUGUACUAUGUUCACAUCUUCACAUCUUUAGUGUGAACAUUCCAAGUUAAACUGAUGUUGUGAAGCAGUAGCGAAUUUCUAGAUACGUGCUGGUUAACAUUUUGGCAUUUCUAUUUUAUGCGUCUGAGUUUGCCUUCAUUGUAAAUAUUUGCUAUUGUUAUGUUGUAAAGACCAGGAUGACAACUAUUAUUAUUGAUAUGCUUCUCACAAA